AAAAAAAAAAAAGAAUCAAGAAAAAGCCUGAAAAUGCCUCCAUUGCUGCCGGACCUAGUCACCGACGUUCUCCUCCGCCUCCCAGUGACGUCUCUUCUGCGGUUCAGAUGCCUUUCUAAAUCACAUUGUGCUGAAAUUGACAGCCAAGAUUUCGCCAAGAAUCAUCUCAAUAGGUCAAUCCAGAGCAAAACCGGCCAAAAGCUAAUCAUCAACAACGAAGAUUUCACGGUUACCACCGAUUUCUAUUAUGCUGAGUUUGAUGGCAACCUCGACGAUACCUACCUACUCAACAACCCAUUGAAGUCUUCGCGUCGCUGCACCUCGGUAUUUGGUUCUUGCAAUGGUUUGUUUCUGCUGGGUAUUUAUGUUAAGGAUGAUAACAUGGACUUUGCCCUGUGGAAUCCAUUCACUAAGAAGUAUAAGAAAUUACCCCCUUGUCCGGUCCAAACUAAUCCUGGGUUCAAAAGAUAUACGUGUUUUGGUUUAGGAUACGUGUCUGCCACCAAUGACUAUAAGAUUGUGAUGAUCUCAAGGGUUCGGAAUGACGGUGAUGAUUGUUAUCAAGUCUGGGUUUUUAGUCUGAAUUCUAAUUCUUGGAGGAGGAUUCAAGAUGUGAAGCAUGAACGGACCUCCUGGGUCGGGCUAUAUGCAAAUGGUGCUCUGUACUGGGAAACUAAAGAUAAGUGUGUUGGUUUUGAUAUCACAAAUGAGGUGUUCUUUAGCCUCACACUAUUGUCUGAUUGUGGCCCAACAGCCAUCUACUAUGAUCUUGUGGUUUUUGGAGGUAACCUCUAUAGUCCUGUAAUACGCAAUGAGCCUAAUAGUAUAGAAUAUUACUUGCGUGUGAGGGAUAAUGGUGGAGAGGUUGCAGGUGGUGGUUGGAGGAAAGAAUUCACUAUUCAGGAAGAGGGGAAUGUUAUGUUGAGUGCGCCUUUGCCUUUGGCAUACUCAAAAGAGGGGGAUAUCAUUCUGCUUAAUGGAGGAAAUUUGGUUUAUUGGUAUAACUUUGAAAACCAAGAAAGAACAAGGGUGGAGUUUCUUCGGCUCCCUGGUUGUCCACCCUACAAUAAUUUCUUUGUUUGCUGGGAAAGUCUUGUUUCUCCUGGGAAUGAUAGUGCAUUUGAUGGCAGAGCUGAGGAGGUGAUAAUAGAGGAUUCAGAGGAUGAUUCAGAGGAUGAUUUAGAGGCUGAUUCAGAGGAUGAUUCGGAGGAUGAUUUAGAGGAUGAUUCGGAGGAUGAUUUAGAGGAUGAUUCGGAGGAUGAUUUAGAGGCUGAUUCAGAGGAUGAUUCAGAGGAUGAUUUAGAGGCUGAUUCAGACUAGCAGAGCAAUGUAAAGCAGACUUCUUUUGGGAGGUUUUAGUUUGCACAUACUAAUAGCUGUUGCUGAAAUGUAUAUGUUUUUGGUUAGCAAGGAUGGAUGAUGGUAUUUCAGUGAAAUUUCGUUUCAAUCCCGCUUUUGUUUAGCCCUUCUCCUUGCAAAUCCUAGUUAGUACCUUUUGUUGGAUUUUGAAUGGCUUGCAAUGCAGCUUCGGAUGUUUCCAUUAAAUUCUAGGUUUCCAA